UUUUUUUUUUCUUUUCGGAACCAGGAAGAGCCCCGUGAAACGCGAGACAUCUAAAUCACUUGUGGUUUUUGCUAAAAUUGUCGUGUAAUUUAAGCGGAGCUUCCUUGUUGCUUUUUCCUUCGGUUCUUCCUCUCUGGUAAGAAUCCUGUUUGUCUCUCUCCAGUGUGUUUCGAUUUGUUCCCGAUAUUGUACCGGGCUCGUGUCUCUGAUCCUUCCGAUCUUAGCGGCUUGCUGAGGUCGUCGGGGUUCAUUUCGAUUGCGAUUCAGCUGUAGAACGAAGCUCUGAAGGUUAAAAAUUGUCUGUCUUUGGUUGGAUCCGUGAAAGGUUUCGUUUUUCUGCGUCUUUUUCUUGUUGGGGAUUUGCCCUUUUGGCCACGAACGCGUCCGAUGGAUGAACAAUGAAUCUCUAGGACAGAUUGUGGCUCCUUUGCCUCUUUCUUUCGUUCUUGCUCUUGUGUAGGUUUUUAGGUUCAGAUUUUCCUCCAUGUUUUGAUCAUCUGAGUUUAAUCGGAUGAUCAGAUUAUAAUUAUGGUGAUUUCCGUGGAUUUAUGAGGGAGAAACUCUUGUGAGUCGAUUUAAGGUGUAAAGCUUUAUUUUGACUCUUCAACCGUAGUCCAAGUGCCCACAAAAUGUCAUCCGCCGGUGUUGCUGUGAGUCUUGUCCGCAAUGAUUCUUUCGUCUUCCCAAAUCUAUUUGAUUCCCAAUUGAGUACGCCCAUCGAUGAACCAAUAUUGGUUUACGUCGCCCUUUCUGGCUCGAUGAUGCCAAUGCGAGUGCUAGAGACUGAUUCAAUUGAGUCCGUGAAACUGCGGAUCCAAAGCUGUAAAGGCUUUGUCGUUAGAAAUCAAACGCUGGUCUGUGGAGGCCGAGAACUCUCGAGGAAUAAUUCUCUAGUUCGGGACUAUGGUGUGGAGGAUGGGAAUGUACUGCAUUUGGUUCUGAAGCUCUCAGAUCUCCAGGUCAUCCAUGUGAGGACGACUUGUGGGAAGGAAUUCACUUGUCAUGUGGAACGGAGCAAGGAUGUUGGGUAUGUCAAGCAACAGAUUGCUAAGAAAGCAAGAGGUUUCAUUGACUCUGAUGAGCAGGAAGUUGUUUGUAAUGGAGAGAGAAUUGAAGAUCAGAGACUUAUUGAGGAUAUCUCUAAGCAAAACGGCGCGGUGAUACAUUUGCUGGUUCGGAAAUCUGCUAAGGUUAGGCCUAGGCCUGUUGAGAAGAACUUUGAAUUGUCUAUUGUAGCAACAGAAUUGAAUGAUAAAAGAAAGCCUGAUGCUGGAAAAGAGAAUGACCAGAGACAAGGUGGUGUUAGUGAAGAGAGCUAUGGAAAAGAGGGUGAAGUUGAUAGAGAUUCGGUCAUGGGGAAGACUCCAGAGAAAAAAUUCUGCUUAGAGCCAAUUCUUGUUAACCCCAAAAUUGAGUUGUCUUCUUUCAUUUGGGACAUGAUCAACUCGUCUUUUGAGGGACUGGAACAUGGGUAUCAGCCAGUGAGAUCCAUGGAGGGUACCGGAGGAGCUUAUUUCAUGCGAGAUUCAUUCGGGCAGAAGUAUGUUUCUGUUUUUAAGCCAAUGGAUGAGGAACCCAUGGCUAUUAACAACCCUAAUGGUUUGCCUUUGUCUGAAAAUGGUGAAGGACUGAAAAAGGGUACAAAGGUUGGAGAAGGAGCUUUUAGAGAAGUUGCGGCAUACCUUUUGGAUCAUCCAAAGACUGGGCGCCGCACGUUAUAUGGCGAUGCAGAAGGUUUUGCUGGAGUUCCGCCUACUGCAAUGAUCAAGUGCUUGAAUAUAGGAUUUAACCAUCCAAACAAUGUAAGUAUGAAGAUUGGGUCCUUGCAAAUGUUCAUGGAGAAUGAGGGCAGUUGCGAGGACAUGGGACCUGGGGCUUUUCCUAUGAAUGAAGUGCACAAAAUCUCUGUUUUGGACAUAAGAUUGGCUAAUGCAGAUCGGCAUGCUGGAAAUAUUCUCUUAAGCAAAGAGGGAGCGAGUGGCCAACCACUGUUGAUUCCAAUCGAUCAUGGAUAUUGCUUACCUGAAAGUUUUGAAGAUUGCACAUUUGAUUGGCUGUACUGGCCACAAUCUCGCCAGCCUUACUCCCCCGAGACAAUUGACUACAUAAGAUCUUUGGACGCUGAAGAAGAUAUUGCCCUUCUGAAAUUUCAUGGCUGGGACCUUCCCAUUAAAUGUGCCCGCGUACUCCGCAUCUCAACAAUGCUGCUAAAAAAGGCAGUAGAAAGAGGCCUCACUCCCUUUGCUAUUGGGAGCAUCAUGUGCAGAGAGACCUUGAAUAGGUGGUCCAUCAUUGAGGAGAUUGUUCAGGAAGCGGAAGAAUCUUUGCUCCCUGAUAGCAGCGAAUCUGCAUUUCUAGAUGCUGUAUCCCAAGUGAUGGAUAGCUACCUCGAUGAGAUUGCGGGUCAUCAUCCUAGAUACUCGAGUAGUUGAUAUGUACUGACCAUACUGUACAUAUGUAUGUACAUGAGGACAAGAGGGUCGUUUCAUCAUUUAGUCGUAACCUUUUGUUUCAGG